AUGUCAGUGUGUCAACCAGCUGAUUCUCUAGUGGAGGAAGGAUUGAAGUUGUGUAUUGAUCCUCAUCAAGUGCUUGUUGAUAAAGGAAGAUACCCAAGACUUGUAGGGAGAUUAAUGUACUUGGCACACACAAGGUCGGACCUUACCUAUGAUUUGAGUGGUAAUCUUGUUACAUGGAGAAGUAAGAAGCAUAAUGUUGUUACAAGCUCAAGUGCAAAAGCCGAGGCAUGGGACUUGGGAAUUGUGAAGUGUUAUGCUAAGACAACUCUUGCAAGAUUUGGAGUAUUCGUCGAGACUGCUGAUUCAAUUGUAUUGUGA